AUGGAGUCUUCCAGCUUCUCGAGCGGGAUCCAACGUGCCGUCAAGACUUGGCAAGCCUCCUUAGACGCCCCUCAAGAUGGCAUAAUGACUGCAGAACUUCUUGAACAAUUAUAUACGGUGGCACAAAUUGAGGGUCUGGAUAACAAAGGGAGUACUCUGACUGCUACACAAAAGGUAUAG